CAAUCAGCGCUCGGAGGCGCACGUGAUCGCCGCCGGUGUGCCACCAAGAUGGCGCUGCCCGGGGCCGCGGCCCGGGGCGGCCUUUGGCGCCUCGGCGCCGCCGCCCUGGGCCCCCCUCGGGGCCACGUGCAGCCGCAGCUCGCUCUGGGCCUGUCCAGCUCCCCGGUGCGUUCCCCGGUGUUCUCCCAGCUCUGCCGCUCUCCGGUGCGCUCCGUCUCCUCCCGCGCCCUCGUGGCCGCCGUGGCCGCCGCCGCCCGGCGGGCGAACGCCCGGUACGAACGGUACCUGGAGCGGAGCUUCCCCCGGUUCUUCCUCCUCUACAGCACCUUCAAAACAGGGCUGCAGGCGCUGUUCCUGGAGCUGCAGGAGAUCAGGAGGAUCAGGGCCAGGAUGUCCCAGCUGCAGCUGAGCCCACAGCAACUCCCGUACCGGGACAUGGAGCGGCUGCGCCAGUUCCGCAGGGACCUGCUGAAGAUCAUUCCCAUCGGGAUCAUCGCCAUCCCCCCCUUCGCCAACUUCCUGGUGCUGCUGCUGAUGUAUUUCUUCCCCCGGCAGCUCCUGAUCAGGCACUUUUGGACGCCCAGGCAGCAGCUGGAGUUCCUGGCUGCCUAUGAACGCCGCCGCAGGGCCGUGUACCCGGCCGUGCUGCGGGCACUGGCACGGGUGGCACGUGCCCUGCCCGAGCCCCAGCCCCGGCACCUCCUGCUGCAGCUCUGUGCCCAGGUGCAGGGAGGUGCCCAGCCCCAGCUGGCACAGCUCCUGGCUGUGAGGAGUUCAUUUUCGGGCUCUCUGCUGCUGCUCAGCAACCUCCACGUGGAUCAUGUGAGAGCCCUGAGCCAGGUGCUGUUCCUGAGCCCGCACCUCCCGGCCUUCCUCCUGCGGCGCCGCCUGCGCAGCCACGUCCUGGAGAUCCGCCAGCUGGACCGGGCCCUGCUGCUCCUGGGGCUGGGGCAGCUCUCCGAGGAGGAGCUGCGAGCGGCGUGUUUCCUGCGUGGGCUCAGCUCCUCUCACCUGGGCCAUGCCGAGUGCCGGGCGUGGCUGGAGCGGUGGCUCCGUCUCUCCUGUGAGCUCCAAGCCUCGGAGGUCUCCCUGCUGGCCCACAGCAUGGUCCUGCUGGCCCUCAACGCCGGGCAGCCCCCGGAGUGACACUCCCCGAGCACCCAGCCCUGCUGGGCACCCCUGGGUGCCCCUGCGUGCCCGCCCUGCGCCCACCGACCCUCCUGCAGAGCCGCGGGCACGGCCACGAGAGCUGGAGUUCCUGUGCCAGUAAUUAACUGCAGCGCGUUAAUUGGGGCAGAGCGAGCGGCUCCCUGAGCUGGGGAUGGUCCUGUGGGAUCUGCUGGAUGUUCCCCUGGGAUCUUCGGGAUGUUCCUGUUUUGGGAUCUUCGGGAUGUUCCCGUUUUGGGAUGUUCCCCUGGGAUCUUUGGGAUGUUCCUGUUUUGGGAUGUUCCCCUGGGAUCUUCGGGAUGUUCCUGUGGGAUCUUCGAGAUGUUCCCGUGGGAUCUUUGGGACGUUCCUGUUUUGGGAUCUUUGGGAUGUUCCCGUUUUGGGAUGGUCCUGUUGGAUCUGCUGGAUGUUCCCAUGGGAUCUUUGGGAUGUUCCUGUAGGAUCUUUCUUCAGGAUGUUCCUGUGGGAUAUUUGAGAUGUUCCUUUGAGAUCUUUGGGAUGUUCCCAUGGGACCUUUGGGAUGUUCCUGUGGGAUAUUUGGGAUGUUCCUUUGAGAUCUUUGGGAUGUUCCCGUGGGACCUUUGGGAUAUUCCUGUGGGAUUUUUGGGAUGUUCCUGUGGGACCUUUGGGAUAUUCCUGUGGGAUAUUUGGGAUGUUCCUUUGAGAUCUUUGGGAUGUUCCUGUGGGAUCUGCUGGAUGUUCCUGUGGGACCUUUGGGAUGUUCCUGUGGGAUCUUUGGGAUAUUCCUGUGGGAUAUUUGGGAUGUUCCUGUUUUGGGAUGUUCCUGUGGGAUCUGCUGGAUGUUCCCCUGGGAUCUUCGGGAUGUUCCUGUUUUGGGAUGGUCCUGUGGGGUCUUUGGGAUGUUCCUGUGGGAUCUUUGUUUGGGAUAUUCCUGUAGGAUCUUUGGGAUGUUCCUGUGGGAUAUUUGAGAUGUUCCUUUGAGAUCUUUGGGAUGUUCCUGUGGGAUAUUUGGGAUAUUCCUGUAGGAUCUUUAUUUCUUUGGGAUGUUCCCAUGGGAUCUUUGGGAUGUUCCUGUUUUGGGAUCUUUGGGAUGUUCCUGAUUUGGGAUGUUCCCGUGGGACCUUUGGGAUGUUCCCGUGGGAUAUUUGGGAUGUUCCUUUGAGAUCUUUGGGAUGUUCCUGUGGGAUAUUUGGGAUGUUCCUGUAGGAUCUUUCUUCAGGAUGUUCCUGUAGGAUCUUUGGAAUGUUCUUCUGGGAUCUUUGGGGUGUUCCUGUGGGAUCUCCUGGGAGGUUUUUGGGGUUCUGGGGUGGCUGGAGGGGCGUGGAGCCCACGGGGGAGGCCGGGAAGGGCCGGGUGUGGGGGUCCCAGGACUGCACCCCCAAAUUCAGCCUCGUCGAAGCCCCUUUGACCUUCCCCCCUGCAUUUCCCCCCAUGGGGAUUUUGGGGGUUCCACUUUACCCCCCCUGCCUGAGGAAUUCCUGCUGCAGAGGGAAUUCACCCCAAAACGGGGCCGCUUUGUCACAGGAUUUGGUGGCCCCGGGGGUUUUGGGGGUGACUCUGGUGCCCCACAAGGGGACACCUGCACAGGUGGCCAUGGGGACACCUGCAAAAUUUCCUUUUUGAAGCAUUUUUGGGGUAUAAAGGGGUGGGAGCCACCCCUUUCCUCACCCUUCCUGCUGCUUUUUGGGGAUUUCAGAGCCCCCCCUUGAAGGAAUUCACCACUGGGGAUGUUUAACCCCUUUUCAGCCACGACUCACAUCUAAUUUAACCAUUUGUUUUCUUUUUCCACUUAAAUAUUCCCCUUAAAUACAGCAUUAUUCAGGAAAAAGGAGCCCAUUAUGAACGUGCCCAUUAUUCCCGGGCACGGCUGAGGAAAAAAAAAAAUUGUAACGUUGAAGAGAAGCUUUGGAAUCACAAAAUUUGUGAAAAUAAAACCAAAAAAUCCAGUGGGAGCUUGGAGGAAUUGAAGGGGACAUUGGAUUUUGGGGGGCAGGGGGGACUCAAGCACCAGGAUCAACCAGGAUCUGGUGGAUUAAAUCCAAUAAAAAUGAUAUUAAAAUGCAAA